AUGGGCAAGUCUAAAAAGCCACGCAUCGCCAAUUUCCACCAUCAUGACCGACCCAAAAGCAGGAGCUCUUCAAUCGCUAUCACCCCAGGAGCUGGAGCUGGCGCGGGUGGGCCUAGAAAAAUGAAAAGUUUCUCGAGAGUCUCGACGUCGACAGCGGUGUCUAAAGGGGGCCAGGGCGGUGGGAGCGCGGAGGGGGAAGCUUAUCGGGAAACGAAGCACGCGAAUGCACAGCGUCGGGCCCCGACAAUUCCAUUUCAAAAGCAAGAUAGGAUUUUGUUGGUUGGGGAAGCCAUGUAUGAGGCUCCCGAUAUUCUGAUCUUUCUAUGCCCUGGGAGAAGAGAUUUUUCAUUCGCCCUGUCUCUGGCAACGCAUCACGAUUGCAAAAAUCUGCUUGCCACCAGUUACGAUAGUGAACAGGCACUUUAUGAGAAGUAUCCGCAGGCAAAGCUGCAUAUUGAGAAGCUUUAUGCGUGUGGUUCAGAGAUAUCUUCCUCUCAGUCUAGGAGCUUGAAAAGGAAAAACGACGAGAAUGAAGAUUUUGAAGAUGGAGGUAGCGAUAGCGAGAAGGGGAAAGAGUUGGAAACGAGGGAGGAGGAUCAGAAUCUGAAAAAUGAACAUAUAGAAAAACCCUCAGAGACACAACACGCCCGAAACCAUGUCCCGAAAGUCUUGUUUUCCAUCGAUGCCCGUAAACUGGGCUUUGGACCUGCUGGCGGUGGCAAGACUGUUCGCAAUGGAUUCCCACGCUCCACCACUUUCUCCUCAUGUAAAAGCAGAAGACACCAUCCCCGGAAAGACAUUGUUGGUUCCCUACAACAACAAAAUUACCAACAACAUACCGGCAGAGGCGGCCCAUGGGACAUAAUCUGCUUCAACUUUCCUCACGUUGGCGGCUUGAGCACAGAUGUAAACAGGCAGGUACGCGCGAACCAAGAACUAGUCGUCGCAUUCUUUAAGGCGUGCGUCCCGCUCCUUUCGGAGCCAGUAGUACUACCGACUACGUCGCAGGGCAGGAGAGAUGAGAGUGGGGAUGAAGAUAGCGAAUGGCCUGACUCCCAUUCCGACUUCGGCUCCAGCUCUGGCACAGACAAUAACACUGGGACAGGAGAGAAAUCCUCUUUCCGCACAACGCCGGGUCAAAUUCUCGUCUCACUCUUCGAAGGCGAACCCUAUACACUCUGGAAUAUCCGCGAUCUAGCACGCCACGCAGGACUGCGAGUUGUUACUAGUUUCAGGUUUCCAUGGGCUAGUUAUCCGGGUUACUCGCAUGCACGCACGAUUGGAGAAAUCGAGAAGCGCAAUGGCAGUACGGGAAGGGGUGGAUGGAGGGGCGAGGAUAGGGAGGCGAGGAUGUAUGUUUUCGAGAAAGGAACCGGAGGGGUUGGAGAAUGUGGUGGUGCGGAAGCGAAGAAAAGGAAGAAAGGAGGGAAAAGGCAGAGGUGGGGCAAAUACCGAUGA